GCGAGUGUGCAAGGGUUUUGGGGGGGGCAGAGAGCGUGCAAGGCUGGGGGGUGAGCGUGCAAGGCUCUGGGGGUGACAGCGGGCGUGCAAAGCUCAGGGGUGAGCGUGCAAGGGUUUGGGGGGGGCAGGGAGCAGGCACAGCUCGGAGGGGAGCGCGCAGGGCUUUGGGGGUGACGGGGAGCGUGCAAGGCUCUGGGAGCGACUAGCAAGCGUGCAAGGCUGGCAGUGAGUGUGCAAGGCUCGGGGGUGAGCGUGCAAAGCUCGGGGGGUGACAGGGAGUGUGCAAGGCUCUGGGGGUGAGCGUGCAAAGCUCUGGGGGUGACAGGGAGUGUGCAAGGCUCUGGGGGUGACAAGCAAGCGUGCAGGGCUGGCGGUGAGCAUGCAAAGCUCUGGGGGUGAGUGUGCAAAGCUCUGGGGGUGACAGGGAGCGUGCAAAGCUUGGGGGUGAGUGUGCAAAGCUCUGGGGGUGACAGGGAGCGUGCAAAGCUUGGGGGUGAGUGUGCAAAGCUCUGGGGGUGACAGGGAGCAUGCAAAGCUCUGGGGGUGAGUGUGCAAAGCUCUGGGGGUGAGGGGGGGCGUGCAGGGCCUGGGGGUGACAACGUGCACGGCUGGGAGUGAGCAGGAGGGCACGGGGGGGAGGUGUGAGUGUGCACGGCCAGAGCGUGCAUGGCUUUGCAGGUGAGCGUGGCCGGCUCCGGGGGGGAGCGCGAGUGUGCAAAGCGCCGGCGGUGAGUGUGCAAAGCGCCCGGGGUGAGUGUGGGCAUGGCUGGCCGGGCGUGAGCGUGCCCGGCUCGGGGGUAAGAGUGAGUGUGCAGGGCCUGGGGCGAGCGUGCACCGUGCGAGGGUGAGCGUGCAUGGCUUGGGGGGCAGGCUAUGGCUCAGGGGUGAGUGUGAGCGUGCACGGCCUGGGGUGAGCGUGCAAGGCUCCUGGUGCGAGUGUGCGAGGCUCCUGGUGCGAGUGCGAGCGUGCACAGCCCGGUGCGAGUGUGCACAGCUCCCAGUGUGAGCGUGCACAGCCUGGGGUGAGCGUGCACGGCUCUGGGGGGGUGAGUGUGCACAGCUCCUGGUGCAAGUGCGAGCGUGCAAAGACCAGGGUGAGCGUGCAAGGCCUGGAGUGAGCGUGCACGGCUCCAGGUGCGAGUGUGAGCAUGCACGGCCCAGGGUGAGUGUGCAAGGCCUGGGGUGAGCGUGCAAGGCUUGGGGUGAGUGUGCAAGGCUCGGGGAGAGUGUGCAAGGCCCACAACUCCCUGAACCCCCCCCCCCGCCACCGCCGCUGCCCCUCGUGCCCCCCCCGGCCCCGGCGUGCGCCGCGCGGCACACGCGUGUGUGAGGCGUGCGGGGAUGCGGCCGGGGGCCCGAUCCCCGCCGGGCACCCGCGGGCCUCGCGGGGGGCCCCCGGGGCCGCUCUAGGGUGGGGGAGGCGCCAUGUGGGGCCCCCCCCAGCCGGGCCCCCCCUGGGCGCUGAGGGGCACCCUGGGGCCCCCCCCCGGCACCCGCCUCAGCCUCGAGGGCGGCAGCAGGACCGUGGCCGAUUACCACGGCGGCCGCUCCCGCAGGAAGAGCGUCCCCGGGGGGAAGCAGUACAGCAUCAACAUGGACGCCCCGCCCGCCCCCCCCUUCCGGCCCUCGCAAGGCUUCCUGAGCCGCCGCCUGAAGAGCUCCAUCAAGCGCACCAAGAGCCAGCCCAAGCUCGACCGCACCAGCAGCUUCCGGCAGAUCCUGCCCCGCUUCCGCAGCGCCGACCACGACAGGGCCCGGCUGAUGCAGAGCUUCAAGGAGUCGCAUUCCCACGAGUCCCUGCUGAGCCCCAGCAGCGCGGCCGAGGCGCUGGAGCUCAACCUCGACGAAGACUCCAUCAUCAAGGCCGUCCACAGCAGCAUCCUGGGCCAGGAGUUCUGCUUCGAGGUGACCACGGCCUCCGGGACCAAGUGCUUCGCCUGUCGCUCGGCCGCCGAGAGGGACAAGUGGAUCGAGAAUCUGCAGAGGGCGGUGAAGCCCAACAAGGACAACAGCCGGCGGGUGGACAACGUCCUGAAGCUGUGGGUGAUCGAGGCGCGAGACCUUCCCCCCAAGAAACGCUACUACUGCGAGCUGUGCCUGGACGACAUGCUCUACGCCCGCACCACCAGCAAGGCGCGCACCGACAACGUCUUCUGGGGAGAACAUUUUGAGUUCAACAACCUGCCGGCUGUGCGAACCAUCCGCCUACACCUCUACAAGGACACCGACAAGAAACGCAAGAAGGACAAGAGCAAUUACGUAGGGAUGGUGAGCAUCCCCAUCGCCAGCGUCACCGGUCGGCACUUCGCCGAGCAGUGGUACCCGCUCAGCCAACCCAGCGGCAGCAAGAGCAAGGCGGGUUGUCCGGCUCUACGCGUCAAAAGCCGCUUCCAGACCAUGAGCAUCCUCCCCAUGGAGCUCUACAAGGAGUUCGCCGAGUACGUCACCAACAAUUACCGGAUGCUCUGCGCCGUCUUGGAACCCGUGCUCAGCGUCAAGAGCAAGGAGGAGGUGGCCUGCGCCUUGGUGCACAUCCUGCAGAGCACCGGCAAGGCUAAGGACUUCCUGUCGGACAUGGCCAUGACGGAGGUGGAUCGCUUCAUGGACCGGGAGCACCUGAUCUUCCGGGAAAACACCCUCGCCACGAAAGCCAUAGAGGAGUACCUGAAACUCAUCGGCCAGAAAUACCUCAAGGAUGCCAUUGGCGAGUUCAUCCGGGCGCUGUACGAGUCGGAGGAGAACUGCGAGGUCGACCCCAUGAAGUGCUCGGCCUCCACCUUGGCUGAUCACCAGGCCAACCUCCGCAUGUGCUGCGAGCUCGCCCUCUGCAAGGUGGUCAACUCGCACUGCGUGUUCCCACGGGAGCUGAAGGAGGUCUUCGCCUCGUGGCGGCUGCGAUGCGCCGAGCGGGGCCGCGAGGACAUCGCCGACCGGUUGAUCAGCGCCUCGCUCUUCCUGCGGUUCCUCUGCCCCGCCGUGAUGUCCCCCAGCCUCUUCGGCCUCAUGCAGGAGUACCCCGACGAGCAGACCGCCCGCACCCUCACCCUCAUCGCCAAGGUCAUCCAGAACCUGGCCAACUUCACCAAGUUUGGCAGCAAGGAGGAGUACAUGGCCUUCAUGAACGAGUUCCUGGAGCUGGAGUGGACCAGCAUGCAGCAGUUCCUCUACGAGAUCUCCAACCUGGACACCCUCACCAACAGCACCAGCUUCGAGGGCUACAUCGACCUGGGCCGCGAGCUCUCCACCCUCCACGCCCUCCUCUGGGAGGUCAUGUCCCAGCUCAGCAAGGAGGCCCUGCUGAAGCUGGGCCCACUGCCCCGGCUGCUGACGGACAUCAGCGUGGCCCUGCGCAACCCCCACCUGCAGCGGCAGCCGAGCCAGGGGGAGCGGCUGCCCCCCAAGGGGCUGGUGCUGCGGGGACCCUCGGCCGACCUCCAGCCCUACCUCGUCCGCGACCUCAACAGCUCCGUUGACCUCCAGUCCUACAUGGUGCGGGGCCUCAACAGCUCCAUGGAGGUGCCCCGCCUGCCCUCCCCGCCGCAGGAGAAGGGGCCGCAGGAGGUGCUGGUGCUGAGCCGUCCCCCCCUGGCCCGCUCCUCCCCCGCCUACUGCACCAGCAGCUCCGACCUGACGGAGCCCGAGGGGGGCCGGGGGGCUCUGGGGGUGGGCAAGAGCGUCUCCAUGCUGGACCUUCAAGACGGCCGUGUUGACAGCGUCCCUAGUUUGCCCGCCGAGCUGCUCGCCGCCGGCGGUCCAGCCCCGGGGGGGGCCGGAGGGGGGCUGCGUCCCGGCCGCCUCUCGCAGGGCAGCGCCUCCAGCCUGGCCCCCCCUCGCCUGGGGGUACCCGAGCCAGGGGGGCCGCAGUUGCGGGUCCCCCUCUCCUUCCAGAACCCCCUUUUUCAUUUGGCGGCCGACGGACCCUUGCGGGGACCCGAGCCGGGGGGUGAGGGGCCCUUCGCCCCCCCCCUGCACGGGUACAGCAAGAGCGAGGAGCUGGCGGCGCCCCCCCCCAAGCACAUCACCCACAGCCACAGCUACAGCGACGAGUUCGCCCGGCCGGGGGGGGACUUCGGCCGGCGGCAGCUCUCCCUGCAGGACACCCUGGCCCCCCCCCAGAUCACCAUCGGGGCCCCCCCUCCCCCCACCCCUCGGGGGGCUCGGGCGGGGAAAGGUGGGGGGCCGGGGCCGUCGGCCUUGGGGGUGCCCCCCAAACCGCGGCCGGCCAGCGGGAACCUGCUGGCGUCCCCCGAACCGUCUUACGGACCCCCCCGCUCCCGGCAACCCUCCCUGGCCAAGGAGGCGUCGGUGGCCGGGAUGAAGCCGCCGGUCACCAAGCAGGCCUCGCAGACGCCAUCGACGCUGAACCCGGUGAUGCCGGCGGCGGAGCGCACGGUGGCCUGGGUGUCCAACAUGCCGCACCUCUCGGCCGACAUCGAGAGCUCCCACAUCGAGCGCGAGGAGUACAAGCUCAAGGAGUACUCCAAGUCCAUGGACGAGAGCCGGCUGGACCGGGUGAAGGAGUACGAGGAGGAGAUCCACUCGCUGAAGGAGCGGCUGCACAUGUCCAACCGCAAGCUGGAGGAGUACGAGCGGCGCCUGGUGUCGCAGGAGGAGCAGACGAGCCGCAUCCUGCUGCAGUACCAGCACCGCCUGGAGCAGAGCGAGAAGCGCCUGCGGCAGCAGCAGGCGGAGAAGGACUCCCAGAUCAAGAGCAUCAUCGGCAGCCUGGCCCCGCAGGCUGAUGCUGGUGGAGCAGGAGCUGCGCAGGGAUCACUUGGGCGCCCACGACCCCCCCGAGGGCCGGCGGCGGCUGCUCGACGCUCAGCUGUCCGUCAGGUAGCGCGGGCCAGCCCUGCCUUUGUCACGGGACCCUCGGCCUCCGGUGACACGCCAGGAGAGGCAGCUUUCCGCCGUGGGUGCAGCAGACCCGGGUGUGAGCUGGGCCGGGGGGGUCCCCGUGCGGCCCCCGCCUCCGCCCCCGCCACCCCCGAUCACGGCCAACGGCGAGCUGCGCGGCCCCGCUGCUGAGCACUAGC